GAGGCAUAAACUAAUUGAUUGUUUUGAUUGAAUUGAGUGUAAAGUGAGACACAAAUCGCCCACAAAUUGAGCCCAAAAAACAACAUUUCAUUGAUUGCUAUCAACGCUACCAUUGUUUUCAAGUCGUUGUGUAAAUCACUUGAAACCCAUUGAUUGGUGCCAUGAUUAACAAUGAGGACAGGUAUGAAGAGGACGAGAGGUUUAUGAUCGGAUCGUUCCCAAAGGGUUUCGGAUAUCCGGACGACGAGAAUGACAUCCAAUCCAAUGAUGUGAACGACAGGGCCCUCACCGGCGAAGUCAAGCCUCGCAUCCUUAUCAUGGGUUUGCGCCGGAGUGGCAAAUCGUCGAUACAGAAAGUGGUUUUCCAUAAGAUGUCACCGAAUGAGACCUUAUUUCUUGAGAGCACUAAUAAGAUAGUCAAAGACGACAUCAGCAACAGUUCGUUCGUGUCGUUCACAAUAUGGGACUUUCCCGGACAAAUAGACUUCUUUGACUCCACCUUUGAUUCCGAGAACAUCUUCGGCGGAUGCGGUGCUCUUGUGUUCGUAAUCGACGCUCAGGAUGACUACAUGGAGGCGCUGUCGAAACUGCACCACACCGUCAAAAAGGCCCAUCAGGUGAACGCAGACAUUAAGUUUGAAGUGUUUAUUCACAAAGUGGACGGACUGUCCGACGACCACAAGAUUGAAACCCAAAGAGAUAUCCAUCAGAGGGCUAAUGAGGAUCUGAUGGACAGCGGCGACGAGAAUAUUCUCCUCAGCUUUUACUUGACGUCUAUUUACGAUCACUCCAUAUUCGAAGCCUUUUCCAAAGUGGUCCAGAAGCUGAUCCCACAGUUGCCAACACUCGAGAAUCUACUCAAUAUAUUCAUUACAAACUCUGGUAUAGAAAAGGCGUUUCUGUUUGAUGUCGUGUCGAAGAUAUAUAUCGCCACCGAUUACUCGCCGGUAGACAUGCAGUCAUACGAGUUGUGUUGCGAUAUGAUAGACGUGGUGAUCGACAUCUCCUGUAUAUACGGUGACUUUAACUACAGUGUCAAAGAGGACGGGGAGAACAGCACAUUCGACGGCAGUUCCUCGUCGACCAUCAAAUUGAAUUCGGGAACCGUUUUAUAUCUGCGCGAAGUCAACAAGUUCUUAGCGCUCGUCUGUAUCUUAAGGGAAGACAAUUUCGACAAACAGGGACUCAUUGACUAUAACUUCCAAUGCUUUCGACAAGCGAUUCAAGAGGUUUUUGAGAUUAAGUUCAAUAAACAUAAACCGCAACAAAUCAUUAACAACUCUCUCGAUUCCACGCAUAGUAACGGCUAUAAUAGCGAUCAAAAUCAUUGAAACCACAGAUAUUUCUAUUUUAAUAUAU